UGCGGGCACGCCAACAUGAACACCGACACAAACACGCUCCGCUGACGCUCCGUGGACGCUCUCCGGUCGCCGUUUCAACCCGCUAAACUAUCCCAAAACUAUUCCGCGUGUAAUAAAAAUAAAAGAAUAAAAGGUUGCUUCGGCGCCAGCUCUGACGUGGUUGGAGAGGGGGCCGCUCGGUCUUCAUCCAGCUCGCUGCUGAGCCUCCUUUAUAAACAGGGCUGGAGAGCAAAUGGCAGAGCAGGAGCAGCAGAUAGCCGCGGUGGACGCGCCGGUGCUCGGCUCCACGCAGACGGCCAGAGCGGUGGACCUAGCCCGGCUGCUGCAUUACGAGUGUAGCCGUCUGCUCCAGAUAUACAAGGAGAAGGAGUCCUCCCUGACGGACCACGCCCCUGAUGGAGGACGCAUCGUGUCCCUGUCCCACGAGUCGGAGGAGCCGAGCACGGAGCAGCAGGUGCAGUUGUUGCACUCAGCUCUGCGGCAGUGCCUGGGGCUGAUCCACUGUGUGAUCCAGAAGGAAGAGGAGGAAUGGGGCGAGCUGGAAGGCGACUAUGAGACCCUGAAGAAGAACGUCAAACUGCGGCUGGAGCACUUGCUUCAUAGCACCAAAAGUCUGGUAGAGACGGAGAACAGGACCCUGGAAGUCACCCCGGACCACCAGUGUAAUGAGGAAACCGAUGGCGCUGGGGGAGUUUUCGGGCUCAAAAUGUGGACCUAUCGAGUGCUGCAGGAGCUCGUCCACUGGGCUGACCACGCCGCGCAGACCCUCACUGUUCUCCACACGGAGAGGGAAGCAACAGAAGAGAUGUGAUUUCCUGUGUUUCAAUCCAACAUCUAUGGAUGAACUCACUCAACACUAACAGCCAGCUUUCCCUUCAAUGUAUUCCAGAUUGAAUAUAAAAUGGCGUGGAAUAUACUAGAGAGUGAACACUAGAGGUUGAAAUAAUCUACUGCUUAACUAAAAUCACAACUAAGCUCCUUUAACAAAGCCCUGUAGACAGCGUUUCCCAGACGUUGGUAUUUCCACAGUAAGUGCUAAAAUGAGUUUGCAGCAGUUGCUAUUUCCUUUGACAAAGAAGUGAGUGCAGGCUUAGAACUGUAUAUCGGUUUGUUUGCUUUGACAGAGUUAGACUAGUUGACAAUGUCCUUUUUUGUAUACACUUUGUAAUUUAUUUUAUUUAAGUGGAUUAACCUAAUUAUUUACUGUUCGUUACACUCCGAAAUGUACUCACUGCUAGAAUGUAGCCAAAAAUACAUGACUGAUAAACUGUGACUGAUGUGCAGCUCAAUCUCUAGCUAUUUGCUAUUUUAAUAGGUCCCUUAGCUUUUAAUGUAUCACUUUAUUAACAAACUAAUCCAAUAAUUCCAUAUGAAAUGUCAUGUCGUGAUGUAAAGACUGAAUGCCUGUAUUGUUUAUGGUUUGGCACAAGCUGUGAUGAUCAAGUCAUGUUUGCUGCUCUGCUCACCAAGUUCUCUCCUGAUGUUAUACUUGAAUAUGCUGCUCAACCGUUCAUGUUUGAACUAUACGACCAGGGGUUCUCCAAUGUUUCCUGUCAAAAAAAUGUUUGAGAACUGCUGUGUUAGUAGUAAUAGUUUACGGUAGGAUUGUACUGUCUGUAGCCAAAAAGUAUCAAACACUCUGCACCACAACAACUUCACUGAAGUGUUCGAAGCCGGACACAGCGAGGACUCGCUGAGUUCACCAGCUGUGACUUGCAGACUUGUUGGUAUGGUGGGUUUGUUAAUGCCAUGCUUUUCUUCUAUCUGUGAUGAUUAACUGGAUGUGCAUUGAAGAUUAAAACCCAGUCCUAA